AUGACGUCACUCGAAAGUGGCCGGCUCAACGCGGGCGUGACAUCACGCAGGCGUGACAUCACGCAGGCGGAUCAGUUCGCCGUGAGGUCACCCGGUGGGCGCGGCCAGGCCGAAUCCCCAGUGUCGUCACGGGCGGGGCGGGGCCAGAGCGUGUCAGCAAAGCCGAAUCAAAACAAGCCGGAGACCCGCCUUUUCCCUCCGGCUCGGGAGCGUCUUGCUCGCGUCCCGAGCCCGCGGCGCUCGCGCGGCUGCGAGCCUCGGGUGGCCGCGCGCCGGCUCCAGGAAGCCGGAGAGGCCGCGGGCGACGCCAAGAACGAAGCCCCCUGCGCCACGCCCCUGAUCUGCAGCUUCGGGAGGCCGGUGGACCUGGACAAGGACGACUACCAGAAGGUGGUGUGCAACAACGAGCACUGCCCCUGCAGCAGCUGGAUGCACCUGCAGUGCUUCUACGAGUGGGAGAGCAGCAUCCUGGUCCAGUUCAACUGCAUCGGCCGCGCCCGCAGUUGGAACGAGAAGCAGUGCCGCCAAAACAUGUGGACAAAGAAGGGCUAUGACCUGGCCUUCCGCUUCUGCUCCUGCCGCUGUGGACAGGGCCACCUAAAAAAGGACACGGACUGGUACCAGGUGAAGCGGAUGCAGGAUGAGAAGAAGAAGAAGUCCGGCUCGGAGAAGAACACAGGGAGGCCCCCUGGCGAAGCGGGGGAGGAGGCCAAGAAGUGCCGGCCACCGAACAAGCCGCAGAAAGGCCUGAGCCAUGACCUCCCCCGGCGGCACUCCGUGGACCGGCAGAACUCCCAGGAGAAGGCUGUCAGCGCUGCCGCCUACGGGGCCCGCUCCCCCUGCGCCUCCCCGGGCCAGUCCCCGCCCACCGGCUACUCCAUCCUCUCCCCUGCCCACUUCAGCGGCCCCCGCUCCUCGAGAUACCUCGGGGAGUUCCUAAAGAACGCCAUCCAUUUGGAGCCUCACAAAAAGGCCAUGGCUGGGGGGCACGUGUUCCGAAACACCCACUUUGAUUACAGUCCGGCUGGGUUAUCGGUGCACAGGGGGGGCCACUUCGACGCGCCCGUGCAGUUCCUGCGGCGCCUGGACCUGUCCGAGCUGCUCACUCACAUCCCCAGGCAUAAGCUGAACACUUUCCACGUGCGCAUGGAAGACGAUGCGCAGAUGGGCCAGGGCGAGGACCUGCGGAAGUUCAUUCUUGCGGCCCUCAGUGCCAGCCACAGGAAUGUUGUCAACUGUGCACUGUGCCACCGGGCGCUCCCGGUGUUCGAACAGUUCCCUUUGGUGGACGGAACUCUGUUCUUAAGCCCGUCGAGACACGAUGAGAUCGAAUAUGAUGUGCCGUGUCAUCUUCAAGGGAGGCUCAUGCACCUGUACGCGGUGUGCGUGGACUGCCUGGAAGGGGUUCACAAGAUCAUCUGCAUCAAGUGUAAGUCGCGGUGGGACGGCAGCUGGCACCAGCUGGGCACCAUGUACACCUAUGACAUCCUGGCCGCCUCUCCGUGCUGUCAGGCCCGUCUGAACUGUAAGCACUGCGGGAAGCCUGUGAUCGACGUGCGGAUUGGGAUGCAGUACUUCUCCGAGUACAGCAACGUCCAGCAGUGUCCGCACUGUGGGAACCUGGACUACCAUUUCGUGAAGCCAUUCUCCUCCUUCAAAGUUCUUGAAGCUUAUUGAUGAAAGCUUUGCUUUAGUAAUAGCUAUUUUAUUGACUUUAUUUCUUUAUUACAUAUCUUUUAUAGGGAAGCAUUCUGUGACAUGACUUUCUUUUCUAAUUUAAAGGAGAGUUCCUUCGUGUAUGUGUGCCACUAAAAUGGGCUUGGCCCCUUGCCCUCUCUUGACUCCUGAGUGUUAGUCUGUGGUCCUGACCAGAGCCCAAAUGGAUAAUCCCGUGAGUCUGGGGUAGCGGUUCACUAGCACUAAGAGUCUCUCGCGCGGCUUUUAAGGUGGGGGGGACGAUAGGGUGAAUUUAGUCAAGGGAUUAUGUGGUUAUCAACUAAAAGCAUGUGGGAGUUGGAGGGAAACUCUUAUUAAAAUGUUAACUGUCUAAAGGCCUACUUUUAGAUCUGCUCUGGGCCUUGGGAAAAACAUGGGACCCGUGAAUGUAAGCUUGUGCCUGGAGAGCUGAGGGUGUACUAGCCCAUCUUGGUUCAGUGCUGUGCCAUGCACACUGACCUGCAGAUUAUCUGGCAGUGGACAUGGGUGCUGUUUCUAUCACCUCUGUGACUUAGCAGGUAGUUUUCCUAUGGAAAAUUCUAUCCAAAUUAUGAGACCUAUGAAAACUUAGUGGUGUUGCAAAUAUUUUUGGGUAAACUGACCUGUAACAGAGAGAAUAUACUACAUGAAUUUGGAAGUGAUGCACACGGACUCGAGAAGCCAAGAUCAGGCAGAACCCUAUCGUUGGAAUUGUGUUUUUGAAGUUGGUCGGAUGAGCUCUUGAGAAUCCAUGAAUAACAUGAUUUGGGUGGUACUGAUUUAUGUAGGUUGCACUGUCGAAGUGCCAUUUGAUGUCAGAUCCUUCUCACAGGUAAAUCUCACAGCCAUAGACCCUAACUGGUGAAUUUCAGAACCAUCAUUACCAUGCUUUAUCUUCCACGAAAUUGUUAUGGCCACAUUUGACCCAUUUAAUGCUGGGUUUUGCACAUCAUAGGUUUGACCCUAUGAAGGAAAGGAAAAAAUUGCUUUGUGAGGAUGUGAGGAAGAGAAUAAUAAUUUUAAUAUUCCUUUUUAAAGUAUGUGUCAUUUUUCAAAACCGCUGAUUGUAAUGUAUAACAGUAUGUUUGAAAAUAGAUCAUUCUAAAGCUCUCCAUGAUACUUCACCAUUAGUGAAAAAAGAUGGUAAUUUGUAUAACUUGAUUAGCCAGGACAUUGGGCUUUCCAAAAUACAGCGUUUUGUUAAUUAGAGCUUGAAGAUUUAAGUAGACUGACACCCCAUACUGUUAGAAUUGGAAUUGGAAUAUAAUUUCUCAAGAAUGGAUUUGGCAGUUUCAAGUAUUUUACACAUAUAUGCUGAUAGGGUGUUGAAAGUACAGUCUGUUUUAUGGGUAGCCAAAUUCGGGGUUAUAUGAACAGUUUGCAUUAUUCGUUUGGUUUAUACCAUUUUUUUUUUCUCAGAAAAACAGCUGUUUUUCCUCUCAGAAGUGUUUAGGUAUAACUGCAAGCAAGUUUCACUUUUACUGUAUGAAAUAUUUGAUGUUUCGUCUGAAACAACAGAGCAUUGAAGAACCAAUAUAUCAACUAAUAUUCUUAUCUUUCAGUUUGGAUGAUUGUAAUUCUGUUUACUGCAUCUAGUUUGGUGUCUGAUGGUCUGAAAAAUAUUUCACAGUGGGGGGAAAUGCUCAGGGCCUCUACAAAGCAGCAAAUCGAUAUUGGUCAGACAGUAUUUGAUGCAACCAAAAAAGGUCUGUAGGACAUAGCCCUUGCAGAUUUGUCCUUCACACACAGAGCUGAAAUUGUGAAUUAACUGGUUCCGCACUGAUUCUCUCCUGUACCCAAGUAUAAAAAUUGGUAAGUUUUUCGUGUCUUGAGAGUAACGUUUGAAUUUCAGUUCUGAAUUUCAAACGGAGAGUAAAAUAUUUGUAAUGCUGUUUUUUAAUGCACCUAAAAUUUUAUAGAGAAACCUGCUUAGUGUUAUUGUUCUAGAUCUUCAAGUUGGCAAAUUACAUUCACAAGCCCCUUGGUCAAAAACUGCUGUGAGCGUGGUGUCUGAUGCAUUCAGUAUUUUCUCCUUCGAUUGGUUUCUACUCUCUGAAAAAUAAGUAGGAGGAGUUUUCCCUGUAAUUGGAUAAAAUUUGCUCCUGGCCUUUAUUUGGACCACAAAGUUAGGAUUCUGUGGAUGCGGCAGUUCUGAAAAAGGAGAGGCAUGGGUAUCAUCUGAGAGUAUCGUUUGCCUUUAAGGCAUCACAUUCUCAUCUAAAGUAGAAAAUCUGGCUUAUUUGAGAGUAAAAUAUGAGUAUGCAACAAUGUGGAGAAUAAAUCUUAUUUUGGAAAUCUGCUGACCUUAGUAUUUUCACCACGCUCCCUCAAAGUACUUUGCUCUGAGUACCUUGGUGGAAAUUGGAGUAUGUAAAAAAAGAUGACUAUUUUUUGUUGUGGUUUGGAUAUUAAAGGAUAUUCGUCAUCCAAGAGAUCCAUUUUCUGUUUUUCUGAUAAAGUGUUCAAUAAAAUGAACCACUUGCAAGUGAUUAAUAAUUUCAAAGUGAUUUUUUAUCUUUUCUUUUUUUUUAUCAUUUAUUUUUAAGAGUUCUGUACCUGGAACAAACAAAAUUUUACUUGCUUCAGUUCAGUGAGAAACCGUUUCUGAUGGCUUUAUCGUUUCCUCUUCAGGCUGACUCAGUUCUCCACUCUCUUCUGGUUGCAUCUGAAGCAAGUGAUAUACCAAGUUUAUCAACUGCUUGAUUAAAAGAUAGACAUUAGCCAUGAAAUUGGGCAGUGGGAUGAAUUAUUCCAUUCUAAGUAAGACAGAGCUCUCGCCAGUCUUUAUUGUCCACGUUGUGCAAAAGAAGGUUAUUUUCAGAGUAAAAAGGUUAUUUUCAUAUCUUUUGGGGGGAAAUUAACUCAUCAGGAAAGAAUAUUAUUAGGUGUUUAAAUACUGAAACUAACAGGCUGAUGCAUAACUUAGUGGACCAUGAAAACUAAUUUGCUAAAAUCUUCUGUUUUGUCCUAUAAGACCAACGCCUCACGUACACUCUCUUCUCCUGUGCCUGGGUCAGGACCUCCACGUGGCUUCUCCUCUAUGGUCUCCUGGUUGCAGCUCUUGAGCAAUUUUAGUUGGAUGUUUGGGGAGGACUUGAGGAGAAAGCGCUCCUGUUCAGUGUUUUGGUUCCUUUAGUAGGAUGCCGCCUAAUCCAGCUCAUCUCUGUGUCCUGUUGACUUUGUUAUUAUUCCAGGUAAUUGAAAGAAAACAUAACCGAUGCGCAUCAUUAAAACCAGCUCAAAAAUAUAUUCUUGUCCUAAAGAUUUCUUGUCAAGAUGUCUUAGAUUGCACUUUUGUUGAGGGAAGACAGUGUAAAUAGCUAAAGAAUAUUGAUAAAACUGAAACAUUUUGUUAUGGAAUUGUGUGUGGUGUUUGAAGGUUUCUGUUUGUGAAAUGUAUGUAUUAAAAAUAAUAAAAUUUCGGAAACUAACAUUGUA